AUGUCUAAUGCGGCUAUUUAUGAGCGAACGCACAUUCUCGUCGGUGAUGAGGGGUUGGAGCGACUGCGGGCCGCAAAUAUUUUUCUCGCCGGCGUCGGUGGUGUUGGCGGGCACUGCGCCGAGGCCCUCGUGCGGGGCGGCGUCGGUCGUCUCACCAUCUGCGAUCACGACGUGGUUUCCAACACCAAUAAGAACAGACAACUCGUCGCUUUAGACAGCACCGUAGGAGAGUCUAAAGUUGCCGUCCUCGCACGGAGAUUACAUGAUAUUAACGCCCACUGCAGCAUCACGGCAUUAGAGGCACUUCUGCUCCCAGAAGACGUGGAGGAUAUUCUCACACGACAAGCAUACGAUUACGUGGUGGACUGCAUUGAUAGUGUGGAGUGUAAAGUGGCACUUCUCGCAGGGGCGGUGCGGCUCGGUAUACGCACCUACACAUCCUGCGGUGCCGGCAGUCGACUCGAUCCUUCACGCGUCACUACCGGCGAUCUCUUCGCGACUGAAAACGACGCCCUCGCGCGCUGCUGCCGUAAUGAAUUGCGAAAACGCGGUGUGCGGCCCGGCAGCAUCAUCGCCGUGCACAGCACAGAGACAGCGCGUAAACCACUUCAACCGCAGCGGCAGGAAUCCGGUGGACGUGAUCGCGCCAUUAACGGAACGAUAAGUUACAUGCCGCCGCUCUUUGGACUGUUGCUCGCCGCAGCGGUGAUGCGACAUGUGUUAGAUCCCGCACAGCAGGAAAAAGAGUUCAAGCAGCAACUCAAGAAGAUAUUAAAGAAGGAGAAGAAAGAGGAACUUGAGCGGCACAACAACAGGAACAGGAAGGAUGAUAAGGAUAAGCGGUCCAAACAUGAGUUGAAGGAAGAGGCAAAGUAA